AUGGCGAAUAUUCCGAUGGAUAUCAUCACCGACUUAUUCCUCCGUCUCCCGGCGUCGACGCUAGUCCGAUUCCGAGUCCUCUCGAAGCCUUGCUUCUCUCUGAUCGACAGUCCCGAUUUCAUCGAAUCGCAUCUCAAUCACACACUCCAAACCGGAGAUCACCUCAUGAUCUUGCUUCGAGGCCCUCGCCUUCUCUGUACGGUGGACAUCGACUCGCCUGAUAAAGUCUCCGACGUCGAGCAUCCCCUGAAAUCCGGCGGUCUAACGGAGGUUUUCGGUUCCUGCAACGGUUUGGUCGGUUUAUCUAACUCGCCGACAGACAUGGCUCUGUUCAAUCCGUCGACCCGACAAAUCCACCGGUUACCGGCUGAGCUUGUCGAUUUCCCGGAAGGCUCGACGACUCGCGGGUACGUGUUUUACGGGUUCGGUUACGAUUCGGUGAACGAAGAUUACAAAGUGGUGAGGAUGAUUCAGUGCAAAGGAGGCAGAGCCGAUGAGCUUGUUUUCGGGUUCCCUUACGAAAUCAAAGUGUUCAGCUUGAAGAAGAACUCGUGGAAGAGAAUCAAAAGAGUGAUUCCGGCGAUUCAGCUGCUCUUCUACUUCUAUUACCAUCUCUUGUACCGUCGUGGGUACGGCGUUUUAGCUAGCAAUAGUCUCCACUGGGUUUUGCCGCGAAGGCCUGGGCUCAUCGCUUUCAACACCAUCAUAAGAUUCGAUCUUGCCUCUGAGGAGUUCGAGAUUCUCGAUUUCCCGGAGUCUCUUGCUCACGAGAACAUCGAUAUAGGUGUGUUGGAUGGGUGUCUUUGUUUGAUGUGUAACCACGAGUUUAGCUAUGUCGAUGUUUGGAUCAUGAAGGAGUAUAAAGUCGAAGGAUCUUGGAGUAAACUGUUUAGAGUUCCGAAACCAAAGAGUGUGGAGUCUUUUGACUUUAUGAGACCUCUGCUUUAUUCUAAAGACAGGGACAAGAUCUUGCUGGAGAUAAACAAUGCGAAGCUCGUGUGGUUUGAUUUGGGGAGUAAGAGGUUUAGGAAGCUUAGGAUAAAAGACUGUGAUAGCUCGUAUAGCGCAGAGCUACUUGUGAGUAGCCUUGUUUUGGGAUGUAGAGGAGAUCCUAAUGAAGUUGAGCGACGAAAAGAGCGUCAAGCUCGAGAAGAUGAACUUAUGCAGCAGAGUAAUAAGAGGUUGGAUACUCAUCUCUGGAUUCAAGCUGGUGUUAUGAGCAAAGCAAGGAAACUUUAUAAAAGAAAACACAAACCUAUACAAGGCGAAAACGGAAAGGAUAUGGCUUUAAGCAACUUCAUCAAAAUCCCAUAG